AUGGUAAAUCGACAUUACUUCUUCAAUUGGUAUCAAAGCAUAAGGCAAUCAUAUAGGAUACAUUUUCCUACUUUUAUACAUCAAUAUAUUGAGGACAUAAUAGGUGUUGUGCUUGAUGGAAAUUGUGGGUUUCGCGCAAUUGCAACAUUGUUAGGUUGGACUGAAGAAUCUUGGCUUUUAGUUCGAACACAAUUGGAUAAAGAGAUCAAUCUACAUCAAGAUAUUUAUUCCAAUGUUUUCGAUAACAGUGUUGAAUCAAUGCAGAACUCAUUGAAAAUUUCAGGAAUGGGUCCUCAAGAAAAAGAUAAGUGGAUGAUUAUGCCAGACUUGGGUUACGUGAUAGCAACACGAUAUAGUGUCAUAUUGGUGUCGUUGUCUCGUAAUCUGAAUAUGACAUUAUUUCUGCUAAACAAAGCACCACCACAAGAUUCUUCUCUUAUCUCUUUACUAGCAAUUGGAUUCGUCAAUGAAAGUCACUGGGUACAGAUCAAAUUGAAGUCUGAUUGUCCUUUGCCACCUACCUCACAAAAAUGGAGAGACUUUUGA